GGAUUCUAGAACCGUCCAUCACUCGGAUCCUUUCAUCACGAACUUAACCCCUAAGGAACAGUCAACGACUUCCGUUUGACUUUCUAAAUCUACGUUUCCCCUGAAAGCUUCCGAUUUUGCAUCAAUGGGCCGUCCGUAUUCACCGACUCCAUUGCCGCGUUCUUCUCCUCUAUAAAUUCUCGAUCUCCCCCUUUUCCCCUUUCCAUCCAUUUGUAUCGCCAACGAUUUCCAUUCUAAUUCUCCGAUCACAUCUUCCUUCUCUUCCAUUUCCGAUCUCAAUUUCCUCUCUUUCUUUUUUCGCUAUGGCUGAUUCCGAUCAUUCGUCGCAGCGCCAAGACAUGGCGGUUAGGGCUGACGAGGACAGGCUGAAGUAUUUGGAAUUUGUUCAAACGGCGGCGUUUCGAGCCACCGAGUGUUUCUUUAAUGUUUAUGGGUACGCGAAGGACAGGUCCGGUCCGUUGAAGCCCGGCGUUGAGACUGUUGAGGGCACUGUUAAGUCCGUUGUUGGUCCUUUGUGUAACAAGUUCCAUGGCGUUCCGAUUGAGGUUCUUAAAUUCGUCGAUCGCAAGGUGGACGAGUCAGUGACGAAGAUCGACCGCCACGUUCCUCCAACUGUCAAGCAUGCCUCAUCACAAGCCAUGUCUGCUGCACAGCAGGCACCUGAAGUCGCUCGAAACGUUGCCUCUGAGGUCCGACGCUCUGGCCUCAAAGACUCCGUGUCUGGAAUUGUGAAAUCUGUGUAUGCCAAGUACGAGCCAAGCGCAAAGCAACUCUACUCCAAAUACGAGCCCAAGGCCGAGCAGUGCGCAGCUUCAGCAUGGCACAAGCUCAACCAGCUCCCUGUCUUCCCCACGGUUGCACAGGCCAUCUUGCCAACAGCAGCUUACUGCACGGAGAAAUACAACGAGACCGUUCGAACCUCCGCCAAGAAAGGAUACAAGGUCUCUUCAUAUCUACCAUUGGUCCCUACUGAGAGGAUUGCCAAAGUGUUCAGCAAGAACGGAGUUGAGAUGGAGCCCUUGGUGAAUUAAGAGCCAAACCUGCUUCUUUUUUUUCUAUUAUGAUAUUGUAAGAAAAUAACACAUUAUGAAUGUUUGAGAACUUAUUCAGUGUGGCUAUAUCACGUUUUGUUUUGUUAA